CCCGCCAUUGUUGCUGCCACCACUUAGCUCUGUAGCUCUGAACUAGCGCGUACUUGGACCCAGAGCUACCUCUGUUUGUUAGUCUUACAUUGCUCUUCCUUCACCAUAACUCAUAACGCCAUACUAGUUAGCAGAGCCUACUUCCCUCGUUUUCUUUGAAUUUCCAACAAAAUUAGAUCUUUUUUAUAUUGUUUUUUGGCUCGACCAAAUUGGCAUGACCAAGUUGGUGAAUUCAAUUUCUUUUUAGUGUUGGGUGUUCGGAAAAGGGAAAGGCUUUAUCUUUGUUUAUGUAGCGAAAACGGCAUUGGUGGCUUCUCAUGAAUGAGGGCACUGCACUCGCUCCUUGGCAGCACAGUGAAUGCUUUGUGCAAGGUUUCGAUAACCCAUUGUAGAGAAAUCAAAUUAGGGGUCCUUGCAGACGUUUACUACGGCAACAAUAUCCUAAAUGGAUAUGCAAGAUGUCAUGAUUUUUUUCUUGCUCACAAAAUGUUCGACGACAUGCCCCAAAGAGACACUGUGUCUUGGAAUACGAUGAUUGCUGGGCAUGUGAACUGUGGGAACUUUGAGACUGCGUGGGAGAUACUAAGAGAGAUGAAAGGAUGCGGAUUCGAUUUUGAUGGGUAUACAUUUGGAAGCAUACUUAAGGGGGUCGCUUGUGCUUAUCGAUGUGAUCUUGGGGAACAAGUGCAUUCCAUGGUUGUUAAGACUGGUUACGUGGGUAAUGUUUAUUCGGGAAGUGCUCUUUUGGACAUGUAUGCAAAGUGUGGGAGAGUUGAGGAAGCGUAUGUGGUCUUCGAUUCCUUGCCAGAACGUAAUUCUGUGUCAUGGAAUGCAUUAAUUGCUGGUUUUGUGCAAGUAGGUGAUCGUAAAACUGCAUUUUGGUUGAUGAAUUGUAUGGAGCAGGAGGCGGUGAAGCUUGAUGAUGGCGCAAUUGCUCCAAUAUUGACAUUACUUGAUGAUGCUGAGUUUUACAAGUCCACAAUGCAAAUCCAUUGUAAAAUUCUGAAACAUGGGCUGGAUUGUAAAAGUACUGUGUGCAAUGCCACAAUCACUUCAUACUCAGAGUGUGGGUCGAUAGAAGAUGCCGAAAGAGUGUUUGAUGGUGCUUUUGGUAGUAGAGAUUUGGUAACAUGGAAUUCCAUGCUAGCAGCAUACUUGAUUCAUAAGAAAGAACUACUCGCUUGCAAACUCUUCAUAGACAUGCAAAUGCUUGGGUUUGAACCAGAUAUCUACAGUUAUACGAGCAUCAUCAGUGCCUAUUCUGAAGAUGUACAUAAAAACCAUGGAAAAUCCUAUCAUGGAUUGGUAAUAAAAAGGGGACUAGAAAAGUCAGAGCCAAUCUCUAAUGCUUUGAUAGCCAGGUAUCUCAAGUCAAAUAGCAAUUCCAUGGAAGAAGCAUUACAGAUAUUUAAAUCUAUGGAGUCUAAGGAUCGUGUUUCUUGGAACUCCAUUUUGACUGGAUUAUCACAAAUGGGGUUGAAUGAAUAUGCCUUGAAAUUCUUUGGACAUAUGAGAUACGCGGAGGUAGAGAUUGAUCAUUAUGCCUUCUCAGCUGUCCUCAGGUCUUGUUCAGAUUUAGCAACCCUCCAACUGGGUCAAGAGAUACAUGCCUUGGCACAUAAGUCAGGGCUUGAGUCCAAUGAAUUUGUUGCUAGUUCUUUGAUCUUUAUGUAUACUAAGUGUGGGAUCAUUGAGGAUGCUAGAGAAUCCUUUGAACAGACCCCCAAAGACAGCUCAAUCACUUGGAAUUCGAUUAUUUUUGGAUAUGCACAGCAUGGACAGGGAUAUGUUGCACUUGACCUCUUCUUCCAAAUGAAGAAGGAAAAGGUGAAACUUGAUCAUAUAACCUUUGUUGCAGUUCUAACAGCUUGUAGCCACAUGGGUUUGGUUGAACAAGGCUGCAAGUUUCUAAUGUCCAUGGAAUCUGAUUAUGGAAUAACCCCACGAAUGGAGCAUUAUGCUUGUGCAGUGGAUCUAUAUGGGCGCGCUGGGCGUCUAGAUGAGGCGAAAGCUUUGAUUGAAGCAAUGCCUUUUAAACCCGAUGCAAUGGUUUUGAAGACUUUAUUGGGUGCCUGUAGGGCUUGUGGGAAUAUUGAAUUAGCUAGUCAAAUAGCAGGCUAUCUGCUAGAGCUAGAGCCUGAAGAGCACUGCACUUAUGUUCUUCUUUCCGACAUGUAUGGACAUCUCAAAAGGUGGGAUGAAAAAGCUAGUGUAAAGAGGCUUAUGAGGGAAAGGGGUGUGAGAAAAGUCCCCGGUUGGAGUUGGAUAGAAAUUAAGAAUGAGGUUUUUUCUUUCAAAGCUGAAGAUCGUUCCCACUCCCAUUGUGAAGAGAUAUAUUGUGUAUUGGGAGUUUUAAUGGAGGAAAUCAAGAGGAUGGAUUUUGAUGCUAAUGUAAAGGCUUUGUUGCAUGAUUUGGAUCCUAUGGACUGGUACUGUGAUAAUGCUCUUCUCCAAAACUAUGAUUCAGUGUUGUCGGCUGCAUAAGGCAAGCUCACCAACUUUUUUCAAGAUACCAAAUUUUGUUUCACAUCCGUAUACGCUGUUGGAUACGUUAUUUCUUCUAAUGAUGCAUAUUACUUUUUUUUUCCCCUGAAAAAAGGGACUUGAGACUUUGGAAAUGGUUCAAGUUAAUCAAAUUUCUCAUUCAAUAUGAACA